UGAUACUCAACUAAAGAAGAGGAAUCAUAUACCCUAGAAAAGAGCCCCCAUUAAAAAUCAGUGGCUCAGCCUCACUAUCUCCCAUAAAUUAAAGCAUUUUUUGUCUACUUCCUUCUCACCAUCUUCUCUUUGUCCAAAAAGGCUUUUAAGAGUUAUUCCAAUCUUUCUGCACGCUUUCAUAGUAAUAUCUUUAGUUUAUAUAUGUUUAUGCAAGGCCUGGUUACAUCUCUGCAGGUCAAAACAAGAACCAAGUAAAGAAGAAACUAGAAACAGAACCCAAGUACUAGUUAACAAAACACAAUGUUCUUGAACUACUCAAUCUUAUUAUACUAUUAUUAGUAGUGAGUAGUACUAGUACUCAACAAGAGCUUUGGAAAAAGAUUCAAUCUUUCUAACAUUCUGGCCUUGAAGAAUCAUGGGUAUUUCACCAUUUCUCUUGAAUCUUUUUCUAGGCUUUAAUCUUUGUUUUUACAUUCCACUUGUUUAUGGAACUGAGUCAAGUGACAAUGAGAUGAAAGCACUGAUGGAAAUGAAGAGUGGUCUUGACCCAGACAACAGAUAUCUCAGUUCUUGGUCUGGUGUGGGCCACCCUUGUGAUGGCUCAAUGGAAGGGGUGGCUUGCAAUCAGAAUGGGCAAGUAGCUAACAUUUCUUUGCAGGGUAAGGGUCUGUUUGGCAAGCUCUCACCUGCUGUUGCUCAGCUCAAGAGCUUGACUGGGCUGUACUUGCAUUACAAUUCUUUGUAUGGAGAGAUACCAAGGGAGAUUUUUUACUUGGCUCAGCUCACUGAUCUGUAUCUUAAUAUGAAUAAUUUCUCUGGGAACUUGGCUCCUGAACUUGGAAAUAUGGUUGGCUUGCAAGUUUUGCAGCUUUGUUAUAACCAGUUCACUGGUAGCAUACCUACACAAUUAGGCUCUUUAACGAAACUCAGUGUUCUUGCUCUGCAAUAUAAUCAGCUAAGUGGUGCAAUUCCUGCAAGUUUGGGGGACCUAAGAACGUUAGCGAGGCUGGAUUUGAGUUCUAAUAGGCUUUUUGGAUCAAUUCCUGCGAAGAUAGCAGAUGCUCCUCUUCUUGAAGUUCUAGAUGUUAGUAACAACAAUCUAUCCGGAAUUGUACCUCCUGCUUUAAAGAGAUUAGUUGAAGGAUUUCGCUAUGUAAACAAUCCUGAAUUAUGCGGAGCUGGCUUUUCAACAUUAAGAGUUUGCAGUGCUUCUGAUCACCUGAAUCAAGAUUUACCUGAGUCUUAUGGAGGCGUACCUAGUCUCUCCAAAAAGAAUAUCCCAGAGACCGCGAAUUUGAAAUUAAACUGUAGCGAAGCACGUUGCUCAACUUCAUCCAGAACUCCUCAAGCUUCGAUUGCCAUUGGGGUAAUUGUAACUCUUAUCGCCCUGGUAGCUGUUGGAGUUUUGACCUUUGCUAUGUAUCGUCGCAGGAAGCAAAGACCAGGUGCUGCAUUUGAUCAUUCUGAUAGCCGUCUUAGUACUGACAACCCCAAAGCGGUGCAUCGGAAGAAUGGCUCUCCUCUUAUCAGCCUUGAAUACUCUAGUGGCUGGGAUCCCCUGGCUGAGGGUCGUCGCUUUGGUGGGUUCUCCCAGGAGAUUUUGCAGAGUUUUAGGUUCAAUUUGGAAGAGGUUCAGUCAUCUACUCAGUACUUCUCCAGGAAAAAUUUGUUGGGCAAGAGCAAAUUUGCAGCUGUCUAUAAAGGAAUUCUAAGAGAUGGAUCAGUUGUUGCCAUAAAGAGUAUAACCAAAACUAGCUGCAAGUCAGAGGAAUCCGAGUUCCUAAAAGGACUAAACGUUUUGACUUCAUUAAGACAUGAAAGUUUAGUUAGAUUGAGAGGAUUUUGCAGUUCAAAGGGCCGGGGCGAGUGUUUUCUUAUUUAUGAUUACGUUCCAAAUGGGAAUUUGUUGAGCUAUAUUGAUGUAAAGGAGGAUGGUCAGGUCCUUGAAUGGUCUAUUAGAGUUUCUAUCAUCAGUGGUAUUGCCAAAGGCUUAGAAUACUUGCAUGGAACCAAGGUAAACAAGCCUGCUCUAGUCCACCAAAACAUAUCAGCCAGAAAUGUCCUAAUUGAUCAGAGAUUUAAACCUUUGCUUUCUGAUUCCGGGCUUCACAAGCUUCUUACUGAUGACACUGUCUUCUCAGCACUGAAGGCCAGCGCUGCUAUGGGUUACUUAGCCCCUGAAUAUGCCACAAUUGGCCGCUUUACAGAGAAAAGUGACGUCUUCGCAUUUGGGGUGCUUGUUUUACAAAUCCUUUCUGGUAAACGGAACGUCAACAGCUCAACAAGAGCUGCCGCAGAAUCAUGUGUAUUUCAUGAUUUUAUUGAUUCAAAUAUCCAUGGAAGAUUCUGUGAGCAUGAAGCUGCAAAACUUGCAACACUUGCUCUGCUAUGUACCCAUGAGUCACCAGAGCAGAGGCCAUCUAUGGAUGCUAUUGUGCAAGAACUUGAUACCCUUGCAAGCUCUUCCUGAAUUGCAGUUAAUAUUCAGCCAUUCCCCGCAGUAUUAUUAGGAAGGGGUUGGUCGAAGUGAUUUAAUGUCUAACUAUUCAUUAGUGAAGGAUUUUUUUAGUAAUUGUUGUAUCAUGCAAUGCCCUUUUGCCUAGGGCUAAGCUCACCUGUGAAUGUUGUUGUAGUCUAAAAGCUGGUUGCUUAGUUGGGUUAGAUCAAUGAAAAUUUUCACUUUUUAUCACAA